CUGGGAGUGCUCACUCACUCCCUGAGUGCGCAGACGCAGGGGCAGCGAGUGGACAUUUUGGUCUUUGUCCGCGGGUCAGCACGGCCGUCGUGUCCACGUGGCGCCAAAGUAGGAGAAGCAGCUGAGGAGUGAGAAGCACACAGCCACACCCACAUCUUGGAGAACAGACUUCAAUUUUUAAAAGACAAAACAUUGUUCAAAGCUUAAAGUUUUGAGCUUGAAACAUAAUUUAGAUUUGAACAGUUGUAUGGGAACACAUCCUCUGCUUUAUACAGUUUGGAAGUCCUCCACCAUAGCCUACUCCUGGUAAGAAUGUCUUAUAAGUGCAGUGUGGAAAUGCCUGCAGUUUGUUAGUGGACAGCACAGACCAGCGGAAAAGAAGCAUUUACUUAAGUGUCCUGUCUCCCUGAGCAGAGAAGUCAUGCUGAGAGGAAGCCCUGUGUCUGUAGCUCAGCAGUACUGAAAAGCCUUGAGCCAGAUGGCGGCGCUCUCGGCCUUGCUGGAGGAAAGCAAGUGAACUUCUCAAAACCAACAUUGACGACUAUCAGUUAAACUUACCCUGGGAAGAAAGUUUGUUCUGAUAAAGCUCUCUUAACUUCUCCCUUGCCCUGCAUUUGAGUGAGCAGACAGACACGGAAAGAAGCCCUAGGACUGUAAGAAAUGUGGAAGCAUCCUCAGUCAAGAGCAGAGCCUCGUUUGUCCGGACUUCCCUAUUGGAGAGAAGCGCUGUGAAUGAGAUCACGCUUCCACUCAGAUGUCACACCUCAGCCAGCAGAGAAUUUUAAGCGGGGGAAGCCCCUUUGCCUGUAAGGUAUGUGGGAAACUCUUCAGCCACAAAUCGAAUCUUACAGAGCACGAGCAUUUCCAUAAUAGAGAGAAACCUUUUGAGUGUAACGAGUGCGGGAAAGCCUUUAGCCAGAAACAGUAUGUCAUCAAGCAUCAGAGCACUCACACCGGAGAGAAGCUAUUCGAGUGCAGUGACUGUGGAAAAUCCUUUAGCCAGAAGGAAAACUUGCUUACGCAUCAGAAAAUUCACACUGGAGAGAAACCUUUUGAGUGCAAAGAUUGUGGGAAAGCUUUCAUUCAGAAGUCAAACCUCAUCAGACAUCAGAGAACUCACACGGGAGAGAAGCCCUUCAUAUGUAAGGAGUGUGGGAAAACCUUCAGUGGCAAAUCCAAUCUGACCGAGCAUGAGAAGAUUCACAUCGGAGAGAAACCCUUCAAGUGCAAUGAAUGCGGGACGGCUUUUGGCCAGAAAAAGUACCUGAUAAAGCACCAAAACAUCCACACUGGGGAGAAGCCGUACGAGUGCAACGAGUGCGGCAAGGCCUUCUCGCAGCGCACGUCGCUGAUUGUCCAUGUGAGAAUCCAUUCAGGCGAUAAGCCUUAUGAGUGCAAUGUGUGUGGGAAAGCCUUCUCUCAGAGUUCAUCUCUAACCGUGCAUGUGAGGAGCCAUACGGGUGAGAAACCCUACGGGUGCAAUGAAUGUGGGAAGGCCUUUUCUCAGUUCUCAACCCUGGCCCUGCAUCUGAGAAUACACACAGGUAAAAAGCCUUAUCAGUGCAGUGAGUGUGGGAAGGCUUUCAGCCAGAAGUCCCAUCACAUUAGACACCAGAAAAUCCAUACUCAUUAAAUGCCCUGAGUAUCUUCAGUACGGGGAAGUGUUCAUUAGGAAUUUACACCUCAUAGCACAUCGCUUGGUCAUUCUGAGGCUAAGCGCCAUAAAUCAGCCAAACGUUUAACAGAAGAUGUCGUGAACACCGGA